GAAAAAUAAUUCUCCAUCACAACAACAUUGCAAGUAACAAAUCUUUGCCUCUCAAACAUUGCUCAUAAACUUCAAACAAAUAUCAGAAACAAAGCAUUGAAGUAAACUAAACCUGCAGAUAUGGAAGAAGCUAGAAGUUGGCACAUUGUGUUAUUUUUGCUAUGUCUUUCCUUCUAUUCAGGUUUAUGUCGGAAUUCCAUAAUAUUAAAAGAAGAUUCAUCUUACGAAUUUAGUACUACUCAAUUGGAUUCGAUUCCGAUUGUAAACCCUACAACACCGGGAUCAGGAAAUCCAUACCCUACGGUUAACCCGACAUCUCCUCAACCACCGGAUACAAGUACGGGAGGACAAAGCCCAACAACUCCGGACACAAGCCCAACAAAUCCAUAUUCAAACCCGCCCGCCUCUACAACUCCGUAUUCAAACCCACCGGCCUCUACAAAUCCGUACUCAAACCCAACAAGCCCAGCCGUAACUCCCACGACACCAACUACUACUCCAACAGGCCCGUCUGGAUCGUCUGGUGGCAGCAGCGGUGGCCAAUGGUGUGUUGCAAGCCCAUCGGCUGCAGAGACUACUCUAAAAGUAGCUCUUGAUUAUGCUUGUGGUUAUGGUGCUGAUUGUUCGCAAAUUCAACAAGGAGGAACUUGUUUUGACCCAAACACACUUGUAGAUCAUGCUUCUUAUGCAUUCAAUGAUUACUUCCAAAAGAAUCCUGCUCCUACAAGCUGUGUUUUUGGAGGAGUAGCAUCACUUACAACUAAAGAUCCAAGUCAUGGAAAUUGCCACUAUUCAUCCUCCAAAACAACAAGCAUGAGUCCACCAAAUCCACCAACUCCACCAACAACAAUGACUCCACCUUCUCCAACAACAAUGACUCCACCUACACCAACUCUUAUGACUCCAUCUUCACCAGGCAUGACAAUGCCUGAUCCAGAUGGAGGAUCAUCAUCGGUCUAUGGUUCACCGCCGGGAGGAAGCCCCAAUAUAGCCACAUCUACUUCUUUUUCCAUACUGCUCUUACUUACUACAAGCCUCUCCGCUACACUUCAUCUGCAAAAUUACAUCUAGAAGAGUCGGUGACACUGACACGUGUCAGACGGGACAAGGAUUAUUAUCCCGACGUUCAUUGGAAUUCACACAGUCUUCCAGCAGAUUUUGCAAGAUUUCAAAGGAAGAAGAGUCAAAGUUUCAUAUUUGUCAUAUGAAUUCUUGCAAAUAAAAGCAGUACUAUACACAGCACUACAUUGCAUCAAUGUAUCAUCUUAGUUUUAGCAGAUUUAUAGGUUAUUAUAGACAGUUCUUUUACAGUAUUUCAUAUAUACAGAAUAAAUUAUUAGAUUAUCUAUUUCAGAUAAAGAGAUACAUGGAAAGAGUUACAAUAAUAUUGAUGGAAACAUGGAAAUUCAAAUACAGCUUAGCUAUCGAUUGAA